UCAUAGUCAAACUUUUACAAGUCAACAACCAAUUGGAUAUAGCCAAGUAGUACCCAACUUUCUCAAAAAGUAAAAAAUUCUUACCAGUCAACAAAGAGAGUAUAAGACGAUUCUUGCCUUCUAAUACAAGCCAAUACAGGAACAAUAAUGCAAGUUUAAGAGUCGUGUGGAAUUUGGAGUACACCUCUUGAUCCCCGGAUAAGAUAAUGAAGCUUCUGAGUAGGCUCUUGCAUCGGCAGCUAACUCUCGCUGUACAUAUACGUACGUAUAUAAUGUUAGUAUCUGUAUAUAUUCUGGAAAUGAACCCGAGUUAAAACCAAUUGGGUCCUCAAGGAUCGGUUCUUUUUGGCUCUGAAUCAUACCCAGCGAUGGAUUCCAAGAACUACCAGACACUUCACUUUGUCCUGUUUCCAUUAAUGGCGCAAGGCCACAUGAUCCCCAUGAUCGACAUCGCCAGACUCUUGGCAGAACGUGGAGCAGUCGCAACCAUCGUCACGACUCCUGUCAACGCCGCAAGAUUCGAACCGGUCAUAACUCGAGCUGUAGAAUCCGGUCUCAGAAUCAGUUUCCUCUGUUUCCAGUUUCCCUGCGCAGAGGCUGGAUUACCAGAAGGCCAUGAAAAUUUCGACAUAAUAGAUUCGCUCGACUUGGACAAAUUCAUGAAUGUCCUCACAGUUGUGAACAAGCUCGGAGACCCAGUUCAAAAAUUGCUCGAGGAGCUAACACCCCGACCUUCCUGCAUCAUCUCUGAUAUGUGUUUUCCGUACGCCAGUAGUAUUGCCAGUAGGUUGCAGAUUCCAAUAAUUGGUUUCCAUGGGUUGGGCUGCUUCUGUAUUUCGGCCCUGUAUAAUUUAAAUACCUCUAAGAUUCUUGACUCUGUAAAAUCUGAUUCGGAGUACUUCGUCAUCCCAAACUUGCCUAAUAAAGUUGAAUUCACCAAAGCUCAGGUCCCAGAUGCAGCUCCUAAAGAAAAAUUUAAAGAUCUGAGCGAGAAAUGUGGGGCGGCGGAUCUUGCAUUAUACGGGGUGAUUAUAAACACUUUCGAAGAAUUAGAACCAGAAUAUAUAAAAGAUUACAGAAAGGUAAAAGAGAGAGUUUGGUGUUUUGGUCCUCUUUCACUCUGCAACAAAAAUGAAGACGACAAAGCACAGAGGGGUAACAAAUCUACAGUCGAUGAUCAUCAAUGCUUGACAUGGCUGGAUUCUCAGGCGCCAAGAUCUGUAAUCUACGCUUGCUUUGGAAGCAUCAAUAAUGUCCCACCUCCGCAAAUGAUUGAACUGGGAUUAGCCUUAGAGGCAUCAAACAGGCCAUUCAUCUGGGUAAUAAGAAACUGGAAGAGAUUAAACGAACUGGAGAAAUGGAUUUCAGAGGAUGGAUUUGAAGAGAGAAUCAAAGGACGAGGACUUCUGAUAAAGGGUUGGGCUCCACAGUUGUUGAUAUUAUCACAUCCUGCCAUUGCUGGAUUUCUAACUCAUUGUGGAUGGAACUCCACUAUUGAAGGAAUCAGUGCCGGCGUGCCACUGAUAACUUGGCCGCUGUUUGGAGACCAGUUUUUUAAUGAGAAAUUGGCUGCGCAAAUACUGAAAAUUGGUGUGGGAGUUGGAGUGAAGAAAUCUCUGGUAUGGGGAGAAGAAGAUAAGAUUGGAGUGUUGGUAAAGAGAGAAGAUAUCAAGAGUGCCAUUGAUAAGGUAAUGGGGGAAGGUAAGGAAGGAGAAGAGAGAAGACGACGAGCGAAAGAACUUGCAGAAAUGGCAAAGAAAGCUGUUGAAGAAGGAGGAUCUUCUCAUCUUAAUGUCACAAGGUUCAUUCAAGAUAUUAUGGAACAACAAAGUCACCAUUGAAUAUAAAUUAUAUUACCAUCCAAAAUGAUUGUUAUGUUUUACUUCUUCGUUAUAGAAGGUUGGAAUCGGAUUAUCUUUCUAUAUGUUUAGUUACUUGAUGGCACUUUUUAUUGA